AUGUCAGUAUUCGUAACUCUUUCGGAAGUUCAAAAGCAAGCUACUAACAUUGACAAUAUAUUCACUGAAAUAAACAAACUCUGGGAUGAAAUCUAUCUUAAACACCGCGAAGAAGUGAACCAUAUUAUCGAUGUUGCUCAUAAUGUCCAUACAGCAUUUUAUAACUAUUUGAAAGAAGUUUAUACUAUUUGUAAUAGCAGCAGCACAUACUUUGAAAGUGUCGAGGAAGAAAUGCAAAUUGCCAAGAAUAAAAAAAGAUUCGACAGUAACACUACAACGGAAAUAGCAAGGAGUACGCAAAUAAUAUUGGAUGCGCUUAUCGAGAAUAAACAUCGUAGUAGCGCUAUUUUUGAAGAUAUGAAUGCAUGCGAAAAGUUAAUUGUAGAAGCUAAAAAAGAGCAAAAAACACAUCUAGACAAGUUAUCGAGAAUGAAAAAUUUUCUUCGUUCACUCAGUGCAGCUACUGCUUCAGGGAUCGCUUCAGCCGGAGCCAUUAAAAUAGCGCUUGGAGAUAGUGCUGCUAAUAAUGGGUCUGCUCUUAAAGGUUCUGUUGCUAUCGCUCUUGUCUGUGGGAGUUUUGCAACUUACUUGCAAGUGAUUCAAAAGAAGAAAUUUCUUAAACUUCACCACGCUAUGUUAGACAUGUUUAACUGGAUGAUAAUGUUACAAGAAGAAUCUUUCACAUUUGGGGAAAAAAUGGAGCUCUUAGUUACGGAUGUAAAAAGAUACAUAGUUCGCGUCGAGAAGAUUAUUAGGUGCUCUUCAAUUACUGAGGAUGACAGUAAUAGAGUUGUAAUAUUAGCUACGGAUAUGAUUUCAGCUAGCGAUACUUUAAAAUCUAGGUUUGACCAAAUGGGACAAGAAGCUAUCUACAAAAGAUCCAGUUUGAAGAAUUUGAUACAAAUGCAUGAUCCACGGGCUAUUCUAGAAGAAUAA